AUGGUGACAGGGGCAGAGGAACCGGAUUUGGCUGGUGAUCAACUGAUUCACAGGGACCCUUGUCCUCGUAUUCAGGGUCCCAUCCAACUUGGCGCCUUAACAUGCAUCUCCAACCCCAAGGUAACCAUCGCUAGUCAUGGGUGCAGUGCUCGAAAAGGAAACUCCCGUCCUGGGCUUGUUCUUGAUGGUGGGUUGCUUAAGCUCCGUGCAGGUGAACUGAUGGAACGGAGAAUCGAUCUCAAUGUUGACAUGAUUUGGAUGGGCGAUAAAGGGACCGCCCGUCGUAAUCUCAAUCACCAUUUCUCUGAAACCCCCUUUGGGACGGGGGCUGUCCCAGGCUGGCUGAGCUGGGACUUGACCUAUAUGGACUUUUACACCAACAUUGGUCUUGGCCCCCGCGUUUCCGCGUGA